CCCUGCACUCUCACCCCACCCGACAACCCAGCCCUCUCGUCCCCCGGCUCCCCUUCCCGGAACCGAAUUCAGGGCUUGAUGUCGCCAAGCCGGACCCUCCUCCUUCAGCAGCUCCAGCACGAAAGGGGGCUUUUCGCAGCAGCGCAGUUGCCGGCAAAGAUGUCCCUCUGCCCGUACGCUCCGAUGAUACCGGUGUUGUGAAACAAAUGGAGAAUGCAUUUUAUCUGAAGUAAGCGGAGAGAAGUGCAGCCUUCUGGCUAGAGCACUGUUCAGGAGUCCAAGAAGCAGUUAAAGAGGCAGUAGGUUUGAUUUUGCAAGUGAUUUGGAAAACGCGGAGUGAAGAAGUGCCCUGUAACGGCUGAACAAAAAUGGUCGGCUCUGGAACUCUAUUCUGAAGACCUCAGAAGACAUAUGAAUUUUUCAGUCAGCUUUUCAUAAUGUAAAUAUAAUUUGAGCUUUCCCAAAUGGGCAGCUAUAUCAUGAACAAGCAGAAAACCCUUUUUUGGACUGUAUUUCUGAACCAGGCUUCACCUUCUGUCUUGGGAACUUAUUAAAGAGAAAGAAAACCUUGAACAGGAAGCUUAUCCUACAAUGAGAAUUACAAGUACAUCUUGUAUCUGCCCAGUCCUAGUUUGUCUCUGUUUUGUGCAGAGGUGUUAUGGAGCUGCUCACCAUGGCUCCAUCAAGGUGACCAGAAAUCAAACCAAACUUGUAGAAGGUGAAACAGAAGUGCAUCAUCGUCCCAAGCGUGGAUGGGUGUGGAAUCAGUUCUUUGUUUUAGAAGAGCACAUGGGACCAGAUCCUCAGUAUGUAGGAAAGCUGCACUCCAAUUCCGACAAAGGUGAUGGAUCAGUCAAAUAUAUUCUUACUGGAGAAGGGGCAGGUACUAUAUUUAUUAUUGAUGACACGACUGGAGACAUCCAUUCAACCAAAAGCCUAGAUCGAGAGCAGAAGACACACUAUGUGCUUCAUGCCCAAGCUAUUGAUAGACGGACAAACAAGCCACUCGAACCUGAAUCUGAAUUUAUUAUCAAAGUACAGGAUAUCAACGACAAUGCACCAAAAUUUACAGAUGGACCAUACAUUGUUACUGUGCCAGAGAUGUCUGAAAUGGGUACAUCUGUUCUACAGGUGACAGCCACAGAUGCAGAUGAUCCUACGUAUGGAAACAGUGCCAGAGUGGUAUACAGUAUUCUUCAGGGACAGCCAUAUUUCUCUGUUGACCCUAAAACAGGAGUCAUCAGGACUGCCUUGCACAACAUGGACAGGGAAGCCAGAGAGCAUUAUUCUGUUGUCAUUCAAGCCAAAGACAUGGCUGGGCAGGUCGGAGGGCUGUCGGGGUCAACAACUGUAAAUAUCACACUUACUGAUGUCAACGACAAUCCACCCAGGUUUCCUCAGAAACAUUAUCAACUAUAUGUUCCUGAAUCAGCUCAAGUUGGAUCAGCAGUUGGUAAAAUCAAAGCAAAUGAUGCAGAUACUGGUUCAAAUGCAGACAUGAAGUACACAAUUAUAAAUGGUGAUGGCUCCGGGGUGUUCUCCAUAUCCACUGACAAAGAAACAAGGGAAGGGAUUCUUUCCCUGAAGAAGCCUCUUAACUAUGAAAAAAAGAAGUCGUAUACACUUAACAUAGAAGGAGCUAAUACUCACCUUGAUUUCCGCUUUUCACACUUGGGACCAUUCAAAGAUGUAACAAUGUUGAAGGUCAUUGUUGGCGACGUGGAUGAACCUCCACUCUUCACUAUGCCUUCCUAUGUCAUGGAAGUUUAUGAAAAUGCGAAGAUUGGGACAACUGUUGGUACAGUAACAGCACAAGAUCCCGACACUGCCAGCAGUUUAGUGAGAUAUUUCAUUGAUCAUAACACAGAAGAAGAUGCGUAUUUUGCCAUUGAUGCUAGUACUGGGACCAUUAAGACUGCCAAGAUCUUUGACAGAGAGGAGACACCUUGGUACAACAUCACAGUGGCUGCUUCUGAGAUAGACGAUCCUGGGCAAGUGAGCCACGUUCCAGUUGGUGUUAGAAUUCUGGACGUCAAUGACAACCCUCCAGAGCUUGCCAGAGAGUAUGAUGUAGUCGUCUGUGAGGAUGCAAAGCCUGGUCAGGUAAUUCAGACUAUCACUGCAACUGACAAAGAUAAUGCUGCAAAUGGAGCAAGAUUCUAUUUUUCCCUUGAUGAAGAGCUUUCUUUGAAUCCCAACUUUACUCUAAGGGACAAUGAAGAUAAUACAGCCAGUAUCCUGACAAGACGAAGGAAAUACAGUCGAACCGCUCAAGAUAUCUAUUACCUCCCAGUUUUGAUUUCUGAUGGUGGAGUGCCCCCUCUCAGCAGCAGCAGUACUCUCACAAUUAGGGUUUGUGGAUGUGAGAGAGAUGGAAGAGUGAGAACUUGCCAUGCUGAAGCUUUCCUCUCCUCAGCUGGCUUGAGCACAGGAGCUUUAAUUGCAAUCCUGCUCUGUGUUGUCAUUCUUCUUGUUUUCUCUUUAGCAAUUGUGGUCCUUUUCAUCACCCUAAGACGUAGCAAGAAGGAGCCCUUGAUCAUAUCAGAAGAAGAUGUACGGGAAAAUGUUGUGACAUAUGAUGAUGAGGGUGGUGGAGAAGAAGACACAGAAGCAUUUGAUAUCACAGCAUUGAGGAAUCCAUCAGCUGCCGAGGAGCUAAAAUACCGGAGGGACGUCCGUCCUGAAGUGAAGCCUAUGCCCAGGCAUCAUCUCUCUUCAAGCCUUGACAGUAUAGAUGUUCAGGAGUUCAUAAAACAAAGACUGGUAGAGGCUGAUCUGGACCCCAGUGUGCCCCCAUAUGACUCCCUACAGACAUAUGCCUAUGAGGGUCAUAGAUCAGAAGCUGGAUCUAUCAGCUCUCUGGAUUCAGCCACAACGCACUCUGACCAGGAUUAUAAUUACCUUGGAGACUGGGGACCUGAGUUCAAGAAGCUAGCUGAACUCUAUGGAGAAAUAGAAUCAGAAAGAACAACUUAGUUAUGUUUCCCAGAACAGAGAAGUUCCUAAACAACAGCAACAGUAACAAAAAAUGAAUACAGUACUUGGAACUGAGCAAGUUGUAUGCAGUUACUGUAGAACAAGUGCCCUUUUCGUAUUUGAAACUGGGUUCUCCAAUUGGAAGAAAGUCAAAUUUUGAAAAAUACAGAAAAAAGAAGCUAUUGUCCCUUGUGUAUAUUUUUUUAGUUGCUCAAUGAAGUCCAUGAUACUGUAUCUGUAACUAAACCUAAACAUCUCUAAGCUACAGUAAGUUUAUUGUCAUGUCUUUUUAGGAAGAUAGCUAAUGAAGGAUUAAAUCUCUUGCAGGUGGUUGUAAUGUUGCAUUUCAAGCUGUGCUCUAGGCCUUGUGAUCCCAAUGUGAGGUAGCCAAUGGGGAUUACUAUCAGUGUGAGAAAUGCUAACAGUCUGUUUCCUUCUACAGAAGGAAUAACCUAAAACUGUCCUCACAAAUAAAUGGUCCAUUGAUGAUUUAAUCUUACUGAAUUAGCAGGUUGCAUUGAGAUGAUGUAAUUUCAUUAUGUCCUUCAUAAUCUUCUCAUCCAUAACCAGCUAACAGCAGGAGGGCUGUUAGUGCAAACAUGGCUCUAGCCCAUAACCCCAGACCUGCUCUGAUAAUGCGUGCUAGAGGAACUGCCGUUUCCAGAAUUGUGCUUUUUUUUUUUUUUGUCUUUUCACAGAAACAUCAUUCAUUUAAAUGGAAUGGGUCCAAAGUACUCUUGAUGCAGCAAAAUACAUGAAGCAUAGGCUCUUUCAAUAAAUGGCAGCACCAUUAAACUAUGCAGUUGUUUGGUUCACUGUGCUUCACUUAUAUCAACAGCUGAAGCUUUUCAGGUCUUUUUCUGGUCUGAGUCCAGGCAUUACAACUGUCAGUUUACAACACAGAGUUCUUAAUCAUAAUGUCUCUCUAUUUCCAUGCAUGACUAAAAGCAAAACAGAGUGGCUUGUAAGACAUUAGAAUAGAGAAAAUUGAAGCAAAGAGAAUAAAAUGAUGAUGCUUUUUUUUUUAGUUCAAUCUACUGAUAUUUAAUGUCUUUUAGACCAAUUUCCAUCUAAGCAGAGCAAGCUUUUCUUUCCCUAUUUCAAGCUUCAUGGGAACACAAACCUUUUAAAUCAAUAGAGGAAGAAAAAAUGAAAAUGCAUCAAUUUAUUAAAAUGCAUUAAUUAAAUAAAUUGAUUUCUCAUGUUAGUAAUUUUAGCUUUGCAGAACUGCUUAUCAGUUGUGUACUGUUAUUUUACUCUGUGGGCUGGUGUAAUACAGAUUUGUAUAUUCCACUAGAUUCUUCCCUGUGCAUUUUAGGUGGCACUUACCUUCAGCUUAGUAGAGAAGGAAUACCUUUUGCACCCCAAGCAGGGUCUGUAUUGCUGACCUACUGUGGGCCACAGAGAUGAACCAGAAUAUUCAGAGAAUCAUAGAAUAGUUUGGGUUGGAAGGGACCUUAAAGAUCGUCUAGGUCCAAUCCCCGUGCAUGGGCAGGGGUACCUACCAUAGGUUGCUCAGUGCCCCAUCCAACCUGGCCUUGAACACUUCCAGGAAUGGGGCUUCCACAAUUUCCCUGAGCAGCCUGUUCCAGUGUCUCACCACCCUCACACUAAAUAAUUUCUUAUAAUGUCUAACCUAAACUUCCCCUCUUCCAGUUUUAAUUAAAAUGUAUUAAGCCUGCUCUUCUUCUCUGUAGUUGAGUAGAUCCUAGACGUGACUUUCUUGAACUGAUCUUCUUACUGAGAUGUUGUGUACUGCUUCUGGUUUAAGCAGCCUACUGGAAAAAUUAGAUUGUAGCGUUUUAAGAAACUUUUCAAACUCUAAAAAAUAUUAUUUGCACUGUAGUUCCAGAAUUGGUUUUUGCUACACUGUUUCAAGUUUGCAAUUUGAAAAUUGUAAUGUUUCACUUUCUGUCAUCAUCUGAACCCACAAGGCAAUUUAGAAAGAAAGAACCCCGAAUCCUAAAAUAUUCUGCUGAUUAUUUGGAAGUUGUUUAAUAAUCCAUGCUCAGGUUUUUGGGUUUGUUGUUUUUGUUUUGGUUUGGUUUUGUUUGCUUGUUUAAAUUUUACCAAAUACAGAAUCUUCUAGAAAUGCAUUAAGAAGACAUUUUGAUUGUAAAGUUAGCCAGAUGCUUUAAUGCAGUAAGUUAUAAUCAAGCUGAGAAUGCUUUAUGUAUUGUCUUUUUUGGGAGUGGAGUUCAUAUAUCUUUCAGUUUUGUCUGAAAUGAAGCAACUAGCAGUGCAGGAUUUUAUGAGGAGAAAUUUUAUUUUUAUUUUUAUUUAGAUUGCACUUGCUUUAUGCCAACAUCUGAAUUUUUAUAUCGUGGAGUGCUAAGAAAGUCUUGCAGCAUUAGUAGUACCAUAGGCAAUAAUACUUUGUACUACAUUUGCAUGAAAACUGCAUUAAUUGUUGAAUUAUAGCUUCUAGAGUCAGGUAUUAGUUAUUGUUAUGUCAGCAUUAUGUCUGCUCCCUCUGGUCCUACACUGAAGCAGGGAAAAUCAGUUGUAUUUUUUCUUUUAAGUAUUUUUUUAUUUGUAUCAUAGAACAUUCUAGCUUAAAGCCAAGAUAAUUGCAUUGACAUAAGUAAAUAAUCACUCCUUACACUCUUGUUCUGAUGUUAAUGAGAGGAAGAGAUCAUACCUCAGAGAAAUAAGAAUGCCCUUUUCACCAUUCGUGGUGCUUUUUGCUGUUGUACAGCAUGUGCAUUAAACCCACAGCUCCAGGAAUUCUUUAUCUUUCAAAACACUGCAGGGAUGUUGAGACACGGCUUCAGUGAUACUGUGGUGUGUCCUGUUUGGUAUGUCCUAUCCAGAGUGAUCACCCAAUGUGCUUUUCUGUCAUGAUACAUCUGCAUGCUUGCUAUGCUUACUGUUUUUUUAACUCAAAUUCACAUCACAGUGCCGUAUUGUUUGCAUGACAAAUAGCAGAAUAUGAAAUCUUCAGGGCCAUAGAAAAAGGUUUCACAAUGUAGAAAGAACAGGUUUACUGAUUAUUUUUCUGAUCCCACAAUUUGUUGUUUGGUUCUUUGUGUCCUAGAAACAAAUCUAAACUAUAUUUGAGAAUUUCUGUCUUAACAUUGAUUAAACUUGAAGAACAUUAACAUUAUGCCAUGGAGGGCACAAUCAUUUUGUAGCACUGCUGGUAUAAAUGAAGUAUACAUUCUGUGAAAGCAUUAUGGGAAAAUUUCCUUGUUUAUGGUUAAGUCUUAUCGUAUAGACUUUGCUUAAAGCUUUCAUGGAUCUUUAGUGUACUCAUAUUCUUAGAUACUUUCCUGUCAGCCUAAGCAGUAAUCCUGUUGCUGCUUAGACAACUAAACCCUGAAAACUGCUGGCUUUCCUUAAAUUGGAAGAUGAGUAAAGUUAAAUGGCACAUAAAAAGCAAUGUUUAAGGGCUCUAUGAUUUACAAGUUUAUUACUGCAAUGGCUAUUCAACUAAUAGCACAUUUACAAAAAAUCCAAUUUAUUUCAUUCUUUCAAACAAACCUUCUUUCUUGUAAUGGUAUGGGGACUCAGUAUGCUGUAGUCGUGACAUGUCAUCUGAGAAAAUGGUCUGUGUAAAUACUUUAAAAUGUGAAAAUGUAUUGUCAACCUAAAAUAUGUAAUUUAAUACACUUUACAGUCAAGGAAGAGCUUGAAUUCAGCUGUCAUUAGACAAAGAUUCAUACAUUGAAAACAAUUUGUUUAUCAUCGUCACCAUAUAUUAUAUACACAUAGAAGACUAAAAGUUGAAAGUAAUUUCACUGUUAUGCACUUUAUUUUCUGCAUUUUUCUUAUAAAACUAAAAUAAUAACUUUUUUUUUGGUUUUGAGUUCUAGUUGAUGCAGUUGUUGAAGUUGUGAAUACUGCAAGAAAAUGUCUAAGUCAAGUAUUCUCACUGGCAUUUAAAAGGAACCACACAUUUUCUGUGGUCUAAGGUUUGUAAAAUCAUCCUUUAGAAAAUCUAAAUAUCGGACCAGUCUGAGGUGGACAAACUCAUAGACUCACUUAAAGGGUAACACAGGAGAUGUUCUAAAUGCAGAGAAGAAUAUGAAAUUAUGCUGCUUAGGGUUACUUUGUGGAUAAUAAAGUGCUAAGACCUUGUACUUGCAGUACAGAUAAAUGGCACAGCGUACUCUAAGGAACAUUAAUAGUGUGUUGCAAGUAUUGGGCCAUCCUUAUUUUUCCAAAGUCUCCAAAAAUAUAUAUAUAUUUUUUAACAAAAGUGUAAUGUAAAGUAUACCUCCUUAUGCAAGUGU